UAUAACCCCAGGACGGUGUUCCCUACAUGGGUUCCAGUGCUGGCACCAACGUCUCUACUGUCAGCAUCAACACCACCAACGACAUGCCCAUCGUGUACCCGCCCUCCUUCAACGCCAUUGGUCUAGUGCCUUUCAACAUCAACCCUCACUUCCUGGACACGGACCCUAACAGCAGACACAUGGGGGAGACACGAGAGCAGAGGAUCAUUCAGUACCACGAGGAGCCUGACACUCCAUCUGUUCUGGGCUUGAGAGAGGGUUCCAUGUUGCUCGUAGAAGGAAACAAGGCUACUCUACUGGGCACUUGCAAGGCACGGCUGUUCACCAGGGGGAAGCCAACAACAGACUUUGAAUCUGGCAGUGACCUCAGCUUCUUGCUGACAGACAGACAGUGAAGUUUUACAUCUCCGUUCUCCACGGCAAGACAUCUCCGUUCUCCACGGCAAGACAUCUCCGUUCUCCACGGCAAAGACUGAUGCAGAUCCUUACAAGUGGGAAUGCACUUAUAUCAAAAUAAAUAUUAUUACCAAAAAAAA